AUGCAGACAGUCGACAACUCAGAAGUCAAUGUCUCUUCGUUGCCUGCAGAUAUCAAUGAUGAACUGCGGAACAUUAUACAUGAUAUUCGACGCAUACUCACUACCGACCGUUCACAAGUGAUUAUACCAGACCUUGAAACUGAGUAUUCCGGUUCCACCGACAACCAAUGGGCCUUCGAAUUCGGAGCCCACCAGAGCAUUCGUGCUAUUAUCGCCGAACGCGAGCAGCAGUUACAUGCGGUGUCGCAAGAGAUAUCAGGCCUAAAAACAAUGGUGGAUAUUUUUAACAACCUUCAUGAACAGCUCGUCGAAAAGAAGGACAAGAUUAAACAGUCCAUGGAAUUGCACAAGGGAUUCGUAUCACCCCUCUGGAGUCUGCCAAAUGAGAUCCUGUCCAAAAUUUUUGUUCAUUGCCUUCCGGAGGACGAACAUCUGUCGCUUGCACAAAACGAAGCUCCCAUGCUAUUGACCAGAGUAUGCAAAAAAUGGAGGGGGGUGGCUGUGGCCACGUCCGAUCUAUGGUACAAGCUGCACUUGAAUCUCAAGAACAAGACAGAUUUGCAGCAACAAGAUAACCUGUACCACUCAUGCCUGGAGCGAUCAAAAGGGCGUCCGCUCUCGUUGGUAAUCGAUUGCUAUGCACACCAGAUGCUCAAGUUGAGAAAAUUUCUUCGGCCCUACUACAGCCAUCAUAUCGCGUCCAUCUCUACCCCUUGUUUCCGCGGAACCCGCAAGGUGUUGGGAGAAUUCCAGGCACUUCAGGAGCUGACUUUGAACAACACAACCAGUCGUACUUCGUCAACUGUUGCAACAUGUCUCCUCAUUGUUCCGUUGACUGUGCUUAGUCUCAAGGUAAAAGGGUCAUUCUCCCUCGACAGGAAUUUACCUCCAAUCCCCGCAUUGACUCACCUGACGCAUAUCGAAGUCUCAUUAUGUUCCCUGAGUGUGGUCCUUCGCUUAAUCCGUCCAUCUUCCAACCUCUCCUCGUUAGUGAUUCGCCAAUAUACAAGCGAGCGAAUACCACCUGUCGACUCGGCCCAAGUGUUGACGCACACCGCACUUCAAUCCUUACGCAUCCUCGAAACCAACAUGAGCGCAGCCUCCCUGCUACCUGGCCUAUUCAAUAUUCUAUCACUCCCCAAUUUACGCGCGCUUGAAGUUUCGGGUUCACAACCAUGGCCUCACGAAGAAGCAAAAGCAUUCUUAACGCGGUCAAACUGUCCUCUGGAAAGCCUGACCUUUGGCGCUAAAAUAGUGACAACGGACGAACAGCGAGCUGAAUAUGCUGCCCUCAUUCCUUCCUUGGUCGUUUCGCAUUUUGUAUUAUAA